AUGUCACUGAACAAGAACAACAUAAGAGAAUACAAACUGGUGGUCGUCGGUGGCGGUGGUGUUGGUAAAUCCGCUCUGACAAUACAGCUGAUCCAAUCACACUUUGUGGAUGAAUACGACCCCACGAUCGAGGAUUCGUACCGUAAGCAGGUUGUCGUGGACGGCAAGGUGUCCAUCUUGGACAUCCUGGACACAGCGGGCCAAGAAGAGUACUCGGCAAUGCGCGAGCAGUACAUGCGCACUGGCGAGGGCUUUUUGCUGGUGUACUCGGUGACUUCGCGCACGUCGUUCGAAGAACUAAUGACAUACUACCAGCAGAUUUUGCGCGUCAAGGACGCGGACUACGUGCCGGUGUUCUUGGUGGGCAACAAAAGUGAUUUGGAGGAUGAACGUCAGGUUGCUUACGAAGAGGGUGUGAGCCUGGCCAAGCAGUUUAACGCUCCAUUCCUUGAAACCUCCGCCAAGCAGGCCAUCAAUGUCGAGGAGUCUUUCUAUGGCCUGGUGCGCCUAGUGCGUGACGAAGGCGCGGUUUACAACCCGGCGCAUGGUGAGCAGCUAGGGCAGAAAUUCCAGCAGCAACAGGCUAGAAACCAGAGCAUGGGCGCGGGCGCGGGCCUCGGCGUGGGUGCCAGCGACGGUCUCGAUAACGGCGGCCACGCCUCCGACCCAAACAUGCUGUCCGCGGACGCCCAAGGUGGUCAGGCUGCAGACGCCCGCACUAGUGGCGUCGCGGCCUCAGGAAAAGCGGGCGAGCUCAAAUCCGGCAAGGCUCCAGGCGCCGCCGGCAAGGUCAAGUCCCCCGCAGGCCGCGUGGAGCAACGUGCCGACAACACCUCGGGUAAGAAACAGAAAUCCGGUGGGUGUUGUAUCGUGUGUUAG